ACGGUAGGGGGGCCUGCGGGAGGCUGGUGGCGGGGUUGGGCCGUGGGCUCUAGGCUUCUGGGUGUGAUGGUGACAUUGAGAUUCUGUUCCCUGUGUCCACAGGUGAUGGAGACCUGCCAGAUGUCCAGGAGCCCUCGAGAGCGGCUGCUGCUGCUUUUGCUGCUUCUACUGCUUGUGCCCUGGGGCACUGGCCCUGCCUCAGGUGUUGCUCUGCCCCUUGCUGGUGUGUUCAGCCUGCGAGCCCCGGGCCGUGGCUGGGCGGACUUGGGUACCCCCCUGUCUCGGCGCAGCCUGGCGCUAGCUGACGACGCGGCUUUUCGGGAGCGCGCGCGCCUGCUGGCCGCCCUGGAGCGCCGCCGCUGGCUGGACUCUUACAUGCAGAAGCUGUUGCUACUGGACGCGCCCUGAGCCUAAUAAAGAGCCUGUCACACUGCGACUGCGCCUCCUUGCUACGCCUCUCUCUUGUGGGUGUGU